UGGAAAACUCAGUGGAUGGAUGCACAAAAUCAAACAAGAGUGACUGAAUUUGUCUUCUUGGGACUUGCUGAUAACUGGGUACUGAAGAUACUAUUUUUCAUGACAUUCUCAGCCACAUAUGUGCUAACUCUCUGGGGGAACAUUCUCAUCAUAGUUACCGUGGUCUUUACUGAACGUCUCCAUAUCCCCAUGUAUUUCUUUCUGAGCAAUUUGUCAUUUAUUGACAUCUGCCACUCAUCUGUCACUGUGCCCAAGAUGCUGGAGGGUUUACUUUUAGAGAGAAAAACCAUUUCCUUUGAGAACUGCAUUGCACAGCUCUUUUUCCUACAUCUGUUUGCCUGUGCUGAGAUCUUUCUGCUGACCAUUAUGGCCUAUGAUCGAUAUGUAGCGAUUUGCACUCCAUUGCACUACCCCAAUGUGAUGAAUAUGAGGGUCUGCACACAGCUUGUCUUUGCUCUCUGGUUGGCGGGUGCUGUUCAUUCUCUUGUGCAGACCUUCUUGACCAUUCGUCUGCCUUACUGUGGCCCUAAUAUUAUUGAUAGCUACUUUUGUGAUGUGCCUCCUGUCAUCAAGCUGGCCUGUGGAGAUACAUACCUCACGGGAAUGCUGAUGGUGUCCAAUAGCGGAACCAUCUCCCUCACCUGUUUCCUGGCUUUGGUCACCUCCUACACAGUCAUCUUAGUUUCCCUUAGAAAACAGUCAGCUGAAGGCCGCUGGAAAGCCCUGUCUACCUGCUCAGCUCACUUUAUGGUGGUUGUCCUCUUCUUUGGACCAUGUAUCUUCAUCUAUACUCGGCCUGAUACCAGCUUCCCCCUUGACAAGGUGGUAUCUGUCUUGUACACGGUGGUCACCCCUUUGCUGAAUCCCCUCAUUUACAGUUUGAGGAAUGAGGAAGUAAAAAUUGCCAUGAAACAUCUUAGACAGAAACAGGUUUUUUCCAUGAAAUUGUGUACAUGA